AUGUGGGAAUUCAGGCAUACCCCUCUCAAUCUGGAAAGGCCCGCGAUACGACUACUUUACUUAAACCCCGGAAGUGGCAGUGUGAUAACUUGCAACCUUGUUCAAGUAGAAUUGGACCAGCGAGACGAAAUGAUUUCUUACGAAGCCCUCUCAUACGUCUGGGGCUCUUCCCAGCCUUCAGAUCCCUCCCGUCGUUCUAAACUUAUUGGUGUGGACAGUUGUCGUCUAAGCAUCACCUAUAAUCUCUACCGGGCACUGCUUGACCUUCGCUACCAAACCAAGAAGCGUUGCCUAUGGAUUGAUGCAAUAUGCAUUGACCAAAAGAACGGCAGGGAGAAAGGACACCAAGUUGGACAAAUGGGCAACAUCUACAGGCAAGCCGACCGUGUGAUUUUCCGUCUGGGCCUGGGGUCAAAGGAGACAGAUGUCUUUAUGGACAGUCUACAGUGGCUGCAGAGCGAGAGCUUAAAGUAUGUAUGCAAAGACUGGUCACGCCAGGACAGCCGUUGGGAAGAGCUUUGGGCCUCUUACCCCCCGCGAUUGAGGGAAUGGCAUUUUGACCUUGUCGAGUCACAGCGGCAAGGUUUGCAGGAAAUUCUGAACGAACCGUGGUUUCGCAGGGUUUGGAUCUUACAAGAGGUGGCACUCGCAAAGGCCGGCAUUAUCUCUUGUGGUGCGAAAUCCGUGUCAGCUCGCCUUUUCAAUCUUACUCCUCUACUCUUAGGAGCUACUCCUAAUGCGCACUGCCAAUCUGUACUUGACAUCAUGCCAUCUCAAUGGAAGGAGUCUACAUGGUGGGGUGGGAACCGAACCUUUUACAAGCUCCUAUUGAAUUUUGGGAGUAGUGAAGCUUCAGAACCUCUGGAUCUUGUUUAUGCGCUACGAGGCUUGGCUUCGGAUUUGACGGGCGAAUACAGCGGCACCCUUUUUCCGGAUUACGGGAAAUGUGAGGAUGAGCUUGCUCAAGAUGUUAUUAAGCAUGUAUACAGAGAUUACCUGAACCUCUUUCAGGAGGAGCCAUUGUGUUCAAUAAGAGAGCUGAUCAAUAUUAUACAAAAACUGGACGUGGAUAUUUGCAGGUCACUGCUAGAAGAAUCGAGGAUACACGGGGAUUUGAAGAAGUUUCUACAAAGA